AACAAAACAACCAAAAAUUUUCCCAAGAAAACUCCACAAAACCUUUUCUUUCUUUCUCUUCUGCAUCACACUUGAAAAGGUUGCCAUCAAAACAUUGACAAAAACAACAACAAAGAAAAGAAAGAAAGACCCUUUUGUUUUGGUGUUAAGAGAGAGACAAUGAGAUUGAAAAUGAUCCCAUAAGUGAAAGGUGAAAGCAUGCUUUGUCGGCCAUUAAAACUUCACUCCAAAAAGAUUGAUCCUUCUUACUCAUUCAUUCCUUCCCCUACAAACAGAGAAAGGCCACCAAUAGUGCCACCCCUGAAUAUUCAUUGAACUUCGAGUUUAGCCUCUUUCUCAAAGCCCUUUGGAUUUUUCUCCUCAAAAUCUUGGCCUUUUCUGUUUCAGAUCCAAGAUCCCCACUUUUCAUGCCAAAAGGCAAGGUGGGUAUAUUCUAUUUUUGGCUAAAGUUUCGUUAACUCUUCCUUCAUGCUUCUAUCUCAAUUUUCCUUCACAAGGACUUAUUGAUCCCAAGUGUUGGACUUGCUGCUUUGGUUAUUAUCUCCUUUUUGAUGAGUGAUGGUGGGGUUAGAAUUUGAAAGGUCUUGAAUAUUAAGAUGUCUGGGGAUAUCAAGGAGGGGAGAGCUUUGGCAAAAGGGUAUUCAGUUAUUUUACUGCUAUUGAUUUUACUUGUUUGUUGCACUGCGGGGUUGAAUACAGAGGGUCAAAUCCUCCUUGAGCUUAAGAAUGGACUUGAUGAUAAAUCUAAUGUUUUGGGAAAUUGGAAGUUUACUGAUGCAACUCCAUGUGGGUGGAUAGGUGUGAAUUGCAGUUAUGAUUAUAAUGAUAGGAAUAAUAAUCCUGUGGUUGUGUCUCUCAAUUUGAGUUCAAUGAAUCUUUCUGGAACUCUAAAUGCUUCAAGCAUUGGGGGUCUAACCCAUCUAACUAAUCUCAAUCUUGCUUUCAACGAGCUUAAUGGGAAUAUCCCCAAGGAGAUUGGUGAGUGCUCGAGUUUGGAAUAUCUUUACUUGAACAACAAUCAAUUUGAAGGGCCAAUUCCUGCUGAAUUGGGUAAGUUGUCUGCUUUAGAGAGUUUGAAUAUUUGCAAUAACAAACUCUCUGGUGUGAUUCCAGAAGAGUUUGGAAACUUGUCUUCAUUGGUUGAGUUGGUGGCCUACAGCAACUUUCUUGUAGGACCAUUGCCUAAUUCCAUUGGAAACCUUAAGAAUCUUGUGAAUUUCAGAGCUGGGGCAAAUAACAUUACUGGUAGUUUGCCAAAGGAAAUUAGUGGAUGUAAGAGCUUAGUACGCCUUGGUCUUGCACAAAAUCAGAUAGGAGGGGAGUUACCAAGUGAGAUUGGAAUGCUUGACAGCUUAAAAGAACUGGUUUUGUGGGGGAACCAGUUGUCAGGACUUAUUCCUAGAGAGAUUGGGAAUUGUAGCAGCCUUGAGACCCUUGCUUUAUAUAGUAAUAAUCUCGUUGGUUCUAUACCUAAGGAGAUUGGGAACCUCAAAUCAUUGAGGUGGUUAUAUCUUUACAGAAAUAAGUUGAAUGGAACCAUUCCAAGGGAAAUUGGAAAUCUUUCUUCAUGUUUAGACAUUGAUUUCUCAGAGAAUUCAUUAAUAGGUGGUAUCCCUUCAGAGUUUGGCAAAAUAAGUGGUCUAAGUUUGCUCUUUCUCUUUGAGAACCAGCUAACUGGUGUUAUACCAAAUGAGUUUAGUAGCUUGAGAAACCUCACUAAACUUGACCUGUCCAUAAACAAUCUUACAGGUCCAAUACCACUUGGCUUCCAGUAUUUGACUAAAAUGUAUCAGUUGCAGCUUUUUGACAACUCCUUAAGUGGUGUUAUUCCUCAAGGACUUGGACUUCGUAGUCCUCUCUGGGUUGUUGAUUUCUCUGACAACAACUUGGCAGGAAGAAUACCUCCUCAUCUAUGCGGAAAUUCUCGGUUGAUGUUGUUGAAUUUGGCAUCUAAUCGUCUUUCUGGAAACAUACCAACCGGGAUACUAAACUGUGAAUCAUUGGCACAGUUGUUGUUGCUUGGAAAUGGCCUUACUGGUGGCUUCCCUUCAGAAUUGUGUAAGCUGGAGAACUUGACUGCCAUUGAUUUGAAUGAGAACAGGUUCAGUGGUCCACUCCCUCCUGAGAUAGGGAAAUGCCUCAAAUUGCAAAGGCUUCAUAUUGCAAACAAUUACUUCACAUUGGAGUUGCCUAAGGAAAUAGGAAAUCUAUCUCAACUGGUGACCUUUAAUGUUUCAUCAAAUCUUUUCAGUGGAAGAAUACCACAUGAAAUUUUUAGGUGUCAAAGGCUCCAGAGGCUUGAUCUCAGUCAGAAUAACUUCACUGGUUCCUUGCCAGGUGAGAUUGGAGUACUUGAGCACUUGGAGAUUCUCAAGCUUUCAAACAAUAAGCUGUCUGGAUACAUUCCUGCAGCAUUAGGCAACCUGUCUCAUUUGAACUGGUUGUUGAUGGAUGGCAAUUUGUUUUUUGGUGAAAUACCUCCUCAGAUGGGUUCUCUUUCAAGCUUGCAAAUUGCAAUGGAUCUCAGUUACAAUAAUCUUUCUGGAAGAAUACCAUCUCAGCUUGGCAAUCUCAACAUGCUUGAGUAUCUCUUUCUCAAUAAUAACCAUUUGGAUGGUGAAAUUCCUGGCACAUUUGAAGAGCUAUCAAGUUUGCUGGGGUGCAAUUUCUCAUACAAUAACCUCUCUGGGCCUAUUCCUUCCACUAAGAUUUUCCAAAGUAUGGCUCUAAGCAGCUUUAUUGGUGGUAACAAUGGCCUCUGUGGUGCACCUCUUGGUGACUGCAACACCAAUCCAGCUUCUCACUCUGACCAGUCAAGGAAAGGUAUUGACUCUGCACGCGCUAAAAUAGUCAUGAUCAUUGCAGCUUCUGUUGGUGGUGUUUCUCUCAUUCUAAUUUUAGUUAUUUUAUAUUUUAUGAGGCGUCCUAGGGAGUCUAUUGAUUCCUAUGGAGGCACUGAGCCUCCCUCACCAGAUUCAGAUAACUAUUUCCCUCCUCCAAAGGAAGGUUUCACAUUCCAAGAUCUUGUUGAAGCUACAAAAAGAUUUCAUGAGAGUUAUGUUAUUGGUAGGGGAGCAUGUGGAACAGUUUAUAAGGCAGUGAUGAAGUCUGGUAAGACCAUUGCUGUUAAGAAGUUAGCAUCUAAUAGGGAAGGCAACAACAUUGAGAAUAGUUUCAGGGCUGAGAUAUUGACUCUGGGAAGGAUAAGGCAUCGAAAUAUAGUGAAGUUGUAUGGCUUUUGCUAUCACCAGGGUUCCAAUCUUCUGCUUUAUGAGUACAUGGAAAGAGGUAGCUUAGGUGAACUGUUGCAUGGUUCUGCAUGUAAUCUGGAGUGGCCAACUCGGUUCAUGAUUGCUCUUGGAGCUGCUGAGGGCCUUGCUUACUUGCAUCAUGACUGCAAGCCAAAGAUUAUACAUCGCGAUAUAAAGUCUAACAACAUUCUGCUGGAUGAAAAUUUUGAGGCCCAUGUUGGUGAUUUUGGUUUAGCAAAAGUGAUUGACAUGCCACAGUCAAAAUCUAUGUCUGCAGUUGCUGGAUCUUAUGGCUAUAUUGCUCCUGAAUAUGCAUAUACCAUGAAGGUCACAGAAAAGUGUGACAUAUAUAGUUAUGGUGUUGUGCUAUUGGAAUUGCUAACUGGAAGAACUCCAGUUCAGCCACUGGAGCAAGGAGGUGAUCUUGUGACAUGGGUAAGAAACCAUAUCCGGGACCAUAACAACACAUUGACACCAGGGAUACUUGACAAUCGUGUGGAUCUUGAAGACCAAACCACCGUGAAUCACAUGAUCACUGUUUUGAAACUUGCUUUACUAUGCACAAGUGUAUCUCCUUCUAAGAGGCCAUCCAUGAGAGAAGUUGUGUUGAUGCUCAUUGAGUCCAAUGAGCGAGAAGGAAACUUAACACUCACUCAAACAUACCAUGAUCUUCCUUCCAAAGAUGGCAUGUGAAGAAGUAUGCAACUUCUUGACAUUUUGUUAACAAAAAUGAUUUUUUUUCUGCUCAUUUUUCUUUCCCACAAGAGAAAGUAGGAGAUGAUUCUUGUACAUUCUUUCACUCCAUUAUGGCUUAUGCCAAUAGACUUAACAUCAUAGCAGUCUUUAUUAAUUUCAAGUCUCUGUAUCUUCUUUUGGAAUUCAGUAUAUAUAGUAACUUUAUUGUAUAGUUGGGAGUUACCAUUAAAUGUGUAUCGUGGAGGUUAUGUUAUGGGAGAUAGGGAAGGAUAAUAAAUAUGAGUUGUUCAUAUUACAUGUUGCAAGUCUCAUUGAACUGAUUAGUGAACAAUUGAUUAAUUUUCAUUUUAAUGUAUUUUAGUGAAUUUUUUU